GAUGUCUCCCGUGACUAAACAAUAAACUGAACCUAUCAUAAAGAAGAACGACGACCAUUGACCGUCUAGUGCUCCAACAGAGUGUAACUGUAGAUGAUACAGAAAGCAGUACAAUGUCUGUCACAAAUCCUUUUACUGCGGCAGCAUUAAGACCACAAGUCAGUAGAAUAAAUAUGCCUGGAAGAUCGACCCCAGCCAGCAUACUAGCAGAUUCGUUCUUGGCUCCUGAAAACUAUCUUUACUUACCAGAUGUACCAAGAAUAACUCCGGACAAUAAUGAUGAAGGUCUCCAGACACUAGCAAUUUUAGCUAAAGAGAACCUUCAUCGUGAAUAUUUGAAAAUAAACUCAGCUCUCCAGAAAAAAUGUGAAUAUAUGAAGCGAAGUUUAAAUAUUGAGGACCUAAAUUAUCUGAAGCCUUCAAACAAGAAAGGAAAAGGAGAAAAUUACUGCAGGAUUAUUGAAAUCAAUCAAACACAACGUUCAAACUUAUCAUAAGGUAAUUUUUUAUUUAGUUAUUUAUUCCAUGACCCAUGUUUGUGUGUUCCUAUAUCAUAGUAUAAUGAUAGGUUUAAUUGCUAGUGUAGAUUUCAUUUUGCCUCAGACUUAAAAUUAUUUAGGUUUUUGGUGUUUUAUUAUUCAAAAUUUGUUUAUAGAUAAUCCAAGGUUA